AUGUAUGUUCGAUUAGAAUAAAAUAUUCUAAUAAAGCUUAUUUUGUAUUCAGAUGGGAGUGAUCCCGAUAACGCCACAGAUGCUACGUGCAACCGUAAAAGAAUUACAAAAAUGUCAAUUGUUUGUUAAAUUAAAAAAUUUAAAAGAUCAUAUACUGAGACAUUAUCCGGUUGAAACCGAUUUAGAAAUUCUCGAACAAGAAUUACAAGAAAAACUGAAGUAUGCUGUUUGUGUUGGACUGAUCGCUAAAUAUGGAGAUGACCAAUAUUGUAUACCAACUUUACGAGAAGAGGCUAAUGCUGUUAAAACAGCGAUCAGCGCAUUUUGGGAAAUGUACAAAAACAACAAUCAGUUACCUAAUAAGAGAAAGAAAAAAUUAGAUACCAAAAGAUCGCUAUCACAUCAGAAACGACACAAGUAUAUGAAUUCCUCUAAGAACGAUGAAACUGAUAGCAGCGAGGAUUUAGAUUUUUUCUAAUCUAUCUUUUUAGACAUACUUUUAUAUACGUCCCAUAUGAUA